AUGACGUACGGCCAAGCAAAAAUAACAGACACCUGCCCUGCACAACCAGGAGAUGUUUUUCUCGUUUCAGCCGUGCAUUUGAGUCGCCCCUCUUUGCCUCUCUUUGCUCUCCGCCUCGCGCUCAAAAUGCUCCCCUCACUCCAGCUGGUCGAGCGCGCCGAGGAGGCGACGCACGCGCAGGAGGACGAUCUCGACGAGCCGGACCUCGGCCGGCUCGUGGUCAUCCGCCGCUCGGGCCAGGACGGCGGCUCGGACCCCAACGAGUGCGACAUCGUGAUAAAGCUGCCCGACGUCUCCAAGGUGUGGCUCCACAACCUCACCAAGACCAACCCGCAGGGAACGCUCGUCAACGGCGCCCCUGUCGAGAUCAACGGCAAGCGGCUGCUCCAGUCGGGCGACGUGAUCGCCAUCAACGAGCGCAAGUUCCGCUUCGAGUCGCCGCCGCCGCCG